CCAUAAGAUACGUUUGUGCCAAGGCUGGACAUCAAAUGACAAUAUGUUGGACAGUCUCAUUAAAUUCAUAGAAUAUAUUAUAUACUACAUAUGUCAUAUUGAUACAAAUUAUAGCUGUUUAAAUUUCUGACCUACUUCACAUGGUUGAUAAUCAGAUUUAAUUACCUUGCCAAGAUUGCUAGGUUUCUGUAAAAAAAAUGCAUUUUAAAUUUAUAAAUAAAAUCGAUGAUGUAUAACGAAAGGCAACUACCCGAUGUCAUGCUCCUUUAGGUCGUGUGAAGACUAUACUUUCAUUGACGUCGCUACUCUUUUGUCCCUAUUAAAAAUCUCUUUUGAGAAUUUACCAACCAAGACAGGAACGCCCAGGCAUGGUGUGACGGUUAGAAAGGACGAAGUUGUCAUUUGAUCUAAGUUGUUGUUCGCAUAUGCACAUAUACAAUAUUCCUUCUCUCAUCUCACAUCGCCGCCCCGCUGGAUAAACUCGGUGACAUAUCAAGUGCGCUUUGACUGUGACUGAAAGACUGAGAUAACCUGUCAUGUCGAGAAUACGAGUGUUUGAUGGACCGGUACUGUUCGUCUUUGAGCUUCUUCUAGUCUUUGAAAGUGCUCUGGGUUAUGAAUAUCUACUGGCUCAGAUAGACAGCAAGAGCACCGCCACUAUCUAUGCAGCAGCCAGCGCGGCUGGGGGGUCGUGGAGGAUCCGGUACCCCCACCUAGGGCAGGAGAAAGUAAACCGUCAGCUCGCUGGCUACGGUAGCGACAGCUUCAUCAUUGACUCCAGCAUGACGACAUUAGCUGGCGUGGAAUACAAAUCCAUUCUCGUCAACACUGGGAGCGACAGCGUCAACGUCCACAGCCACAAUGGUUUCUCUUACUUUUCCCCACUCCCGGUCACCGCGCUGGGCACGACGUACAUUUUGUCGUCAUGCAUCACCACCAAUGGCGCUUACAAAGUGUUGGUCGUUGCCGCGCACAGUCAAAGAACAACUGUUCAAAUCAGUUUAACGCUAGCAGGCACCGCUAGUGUUACCUUCCUAAGCACUGUAUACAGGAAUGGAGGUACCAUUAGUCAGACCUUAGAUCCAUAUCAGACGUUGACGCUCUACGCUGACGCCGAUUUGACGGGAACAAAAAUUAACGCAGAUCAAAACGUUGCAGUUUUCAGUGGCACUUACAAAGUCGUUUACGAGCAGUUGUUGCCGGUGAAGCAUCAUGGGAAGGAGUUUGUUGUAGCUGUUGAUGAUAACGUCAUGAUAUAUCAACUCCAGGUCGUCGGUGAAUCUAGCAACACUCAAAUAACGUCGAACGGAGUCACGUCAGUACUGGGCGCUGAUAACCGCCUUCAGCAGACUAUAAACCGAAACGAUAGCCUUUACAUUACGUCGAACAGUGCCGUGAUGGCAAUGCUUUGCAGACGAGGUUCCCAGUACAGCGGCUUCCUCCGAAUACCCCCAACAUCUUUCUAUACUAAUGAGGCUCAGCUGUACCAUCCUGACAGGUGUCUGUUGAAGAUUCUGACCACACUGGGCGCUUCAGACAUCUUGGUCAAACAAUCGGCUUCUACUCUGCCAAUAGUGUGGCAGAACAUUGCGGGAAGCGGGUACAAGGUCGGCACGUGUGUUGUACCGGGCUCUUCAUCCUCAACGUCCAUCACCUCCACCGUCAGCAAAUUCACCGUCCUCGGCUAUAUGGCAGACAGCGUCUACAACAGCGGCUACGACGUGGCGAACACUGGCGACCCCACUGUAUUGAAUUCACCCGCCGCGUUAUCAUCCGACAACAACGACGCCCUUUUCAUCGGCCUGAUCUGUGGACUUGCUCUAUUUGGUUUGCUUUUCGUCGCCCUCCUGACUAUCAUGAUGCUGAGGAGGUCUGGAAAGAAGCUGAGGUCAAAGAGCGUCACUUCCCGUCACACCUAUGUGUCUCGCGACAGCGGAGCCAAAGAGUUUAAAGAGAGACCCCUGGAGUUGAUCGAGAGGCCCCGAGACUUGGUGGUGGUGGAGCGGCCCCGAGAAGUGAUUAAGAGACCCCGAGAAUGGGUGGAGCGACCCCGAGAAGUGAUUGAGAGACCCCGAGAAGUGAUGGAGAGACCCCGAGAAUGGGUUGAGAGACCCCGAGAAGUGCUUGAGAGACCCCGUGAAUUGAUAGAGAGACCCCGAGAAUGGAUGGAGAGACCCCGAGAAGUGAUUGAGAGACCCCGUGAAUUGACAGAGAGACCCCGAGAAUGGUUGGAGCGACCCCGAGAAGUGAUGGAGAGAACGCGAGAAUGGGUGGAGCGACCCCGAGAAGUGAUUGAGAGAUCCCGAGAAGUGAUGGAGAGACCCCGAGAGUUGAUAGAGAGACCUAUGGAUGCCAAUAGAGACUACGACGAACCCCUAUAUGACAGCCACUAUGGCUUCAGAAUCGUCAAAUUAUAAUGCGGACCACAUCCAUUAUCAUAAUCAUCGCCUCCAUCACCAUCAUCAUCAUAAUCAUCAACGUGGGGUGGUUAAGUGGUUAAAGCGUUCGCUCGUCACGUCGAGGACCCGGGUUCGAUUCCCGACAUGGGUACAAUGUGUGAAGCCCAUUUCUGGUGUCCCCCGCCAUGAUAUUGCCGGAAUAUUGCUAAACGCGGCGUAAAACCAAACUCACUCACUCACUCAUCAUCAUCGUCACCUCCAUUGUCAUCACCAUGCCCGUGGUGAAAUUUAAAGCGUUUUGCAAAAGCGAACUCCGAAAACAAACCGGGCAAGCGUUAUCAUCACGUAAUAGUAUCAAAACCAAUCUAACUUAAACAGCCACGCGAGUUAAUUAAACACGGAACGUAAAAGCAGAUUCAAUUAAGUAUCGCGAUGGUGGGGUAGUUCAGUGGUUAGAGCAGUCGCUCGUCACGCCUGAUUCCUAGGUUCGAUUCUCUCAACUUCAGAAUUGUACUCAGUGGAAACAAAAUAAUGUAAAGAUUUGUAUUUUGAUUGUCUUUGUUUACGCCGCACGCGAUUGUUAUCAAAGGACAUAAACACGUUUAGAGUGUAUUAAUAUACAUUGUUUACAAUAUGCACCCCGAUAAACAUUACUUGGUCUCCAGACCCGUGAAAAUUCCGGGGUAGAAUAGGUCUUCAGCAACCCAUGCUUGCCGUAAAAGGUGACUAUGCUUGUCGUAAAAGGCGACUAACGGGAUCGGGUGGUCAGAUUUGGUUGA